CGCGGCGGCCGCUCCAGCAGCCGCCGCCGCCACCACCGCCACCACCGCCGGGAGCUCGAUGGGCUUCUCUUCCGCGCCGCCCUGUGUCUGGCCGAGUCCAGGGAGCCGCGGCGCCUCGUACCGGGGAGCCAUCGCUGCAGCCCGAGGCCGGAUCGCGGGUCGGGGGCUGCAGGGAGAGCGACGGCGGCGGCGGCAGCCGAGCCCCACCGGGGGCCUGGGACUGGGGAACUGCCUCCGGCUUCACGGUGAACCUACAGGGAAGACAUCCUGCAAUGUUGAACUUUGCCCUCCAGGGAAACUAGGCGAGGUGAAACUGGAAGUGUUUCCUCCCUAACGAAAGCACAGAUGCCAGUAUGGACAGAAUAGCUUAUGAUGCUUAUCCCCGCCCACCACUUCCGAGACAUUGAGCGGAAGCCAGAAUACCUCCAGCCGGAGAAGUGCGUCCCACCUCCCCACCCUAGUCCUGUGGGAACCAUGUGGUUUAUCCGCGAUGGCUGUGGCAUCGCCUGUGCCGUUGUCACCUGGUUUCUGGUCCUCUAUGCGGAGUUUGUGGUCCUCUUUGUCAUGCUGAUUCCAUCCCGAGACUACGUGUACAGCAUCAUCAAUGGAAUUAUGUUCAACCUGCUGGCCUUCUUGGCCCUGGCUUCCCACUGCCGGGCCAUGUUGACGGACCCCGGGGCAGUGCCCAAAGGAAAUGCCACUAAAGAAUUCAUCGAGAGUUUACAGCUGAAGCCUGGGCAGGUGGUGUACAAGUGUCCCAAAUGCUGCAGCAUCAAGCCUGACCGAGCCCACCACUGCAGUGUUUGUAAGCGGUGCAUUCGGAAGAUGGACCACCACUGUCCCUGGGUCAAUAACUGUGUUGGCGAGAACAACCAGAAGUACUUCGUCCUGUUUACAAUGUACAUAGCUCUCAUUUCCUUGCACGCCCUCAUCAUGGUGGGAUUCCACUUCCUGCACUGCUUUGAAGAAGAUUGGACAAAUCUCCUGCAAGCCUAUGGACCUAUCAGGGAAGAAACAGCAGAGGCCCGAAUAUCUCUUCAUGAAAAAAAGCAGCCCCUUAAAGUCAGUUCCACAGAGUGCAGCUCCUUCUCGCCACCCACCACAGUGAUCCUCCUCAUCCUCCUGUGCUUCGAGGGGCUGCUCUUCCUCAUUUUCACAUCAGUCAUGUUUGGGACCCAGGUGCACUCCAUCUGCACGGAUGAGACGGGCAUUGAGCGCCUCAAGCGAAAGCACCAGCCCAGGGAACGCACAGGCAGCUGGAAGUCAGUCAAAGAGACCUUUGGUGGGGACUUUUCCCUGAACUGGUUCAACCCCUUCUCCGGACUGCGUCAUCCAAAGCCUCUCAGUGACAGUGACUGGGUGCGACAGGUGGCAUCGCUGUCAGACACUGAGAACACAGAAACAACAGAGGAGCAGUCAGAGCAGAGGAAGGACGAGGACUCUGUGGAGGUGACAGAUGAAUGAUGCUGUGGGGAGAGGGCCAGGCGCCAAGCAGUCGCAUCACCCUAUAUGCCAGCGGCGUGGCCACAGGGCUCCUGGGCACCACUCGCUCCCCUGCACCCACUGCUCCCUUCACACCACCCCCUUGGCCUUGCCGUCCUCUGACCCCUCCUCCCUCUCCCCACGUUGGACCAGGUCGGAGAUGGGGGUGGACUAGGGGUGACAGAGGAAGACGAGAAACUUGCUCUGAGCUCAUCUGCCCAUGAGGGAUUGUCGGGAACCAUUCUCCGAGGCUGGGCGCCCUUCACAGCCUGUGCAGCCUCACCCAGCAAAGGAAGCUCUGAAUAGGGCAGCCUGGGGGCAGAAAAGAACUGGCCUCUGUCCUUUCGUGGGAUGUCUGUCUUCUCUUGAGAAGGUUGGGGCCCAGGCUCCUGGCUUUUGAGAACUAAGGCCGUGCGGUUGUGAUGGAAGAACAGAGCAGGGCUGGCCUUGGGAACCUGGGGUGGGACACUGGCAUCAGGAGAGAUGGACCUGGAAAGGCUGAAAGGAUCCUGGUCACUCCCCCGAAAGGGCUUCCCCCUGGUGCCUGCCUAAACUAGAAGAAAGGCAUGGCGGCCUCAGCUACCUUCAGGGCUCAGGCUUGGUUUGAGACAGGACUCCAACAGCAGGCUAUACACACACACACGGGACAUGCCCAGGUUGGAAGCAAGCCUGAGUUAUGACAGUAGCACUCAAACUUAGCUCCCGUUCCAUAGAUAGUAGAAUCCCUGAGUCAGCUCGGAGGUGUCCUGCCUUGUGGCUAAAAAUCGGUCCAUUCCCACUGGAGGGUCGGGAGGAAGAACCUAUUUAGAGCUACCGGAACUCUGACCUCCCCCAUGAGAACUGCAUUUAACUGUCCGUCCUGGAGAGAGUCUAACCACCCACAUGGGCAGAACUGACCAGAAAUCUGGCCUGAAUGUUUUAGGCCAGUUCUCCCAAGACAGUGCCCAUCAUGUCUCUCUGAAAGGAUGGGUGGUGGCCAGGGCCUGCAGAUUGAAACAGCCCCCCACCACACACACACACACACACACACACACACCCCUAUGGGGCCACCAGCACUGGUGAGAUGAGGUGGUGGGCAAGGCAGACUUGGGGCACCCCUUGGGAUGUCUUCUUUACCCCAAAGGUCAGGAAGGGGCACCCUUGUUUAACACCCUUCUUUUCCUGGGUCUGGUCCAAGUCAGGACCCCUCUGGCUGGCCUGCCCCCUCUGCACCCCGAGGUGGAGGCCCACAGGGUCACAAAGGCAGCUUUAUUCCUGGGGAUGGGGGAGUGAAUGGGAGGUACAGAGGGAUGGAUCUUACCUCCUUGGCCAUGAGAGAGAGGGACUGAAGCAACAGGAUCAGCAAAUUCACAGACCACAUCUAGGGCCACAUCCAAGAUGGUUCCCAAGGGAAGGCCUUCCUGAAAAGGGGACCUGGGGUCCAGCAGCAUGUCCGGGGAGCACAGGGCUGGCUGUCCUCACCGCGCGUGAGCUGGGAGUGCUCAGCAGGGCAAGGGCCUGGGAUGGGCCUGCCUAGUAUGAGGGGGAGGGCUGCUCUCCGAUCACUCCCAACGCUGCCUGGAGGGGGGGGAUGUUUCAGGUGUUAGAGUGAGAGUGACAUGUCUGGAUGGGACCAGGUGAGGAGGCUGUGGCUUCCUUGCAGAAGGUUCGGGGCUGUAUGGAGGGAGCAGGUAUGCAGGCUCCCUCACCAGGAGAGGUGGGGCCGUUUACCAUCUUCCUCCCUCCCUCGCUCACCCCCCCACCCCCGCAUUGGCCCCCUUGAAGGUUCCUGAUUUUAACUUACCAACACCAUCAGUCAUCAAGUAGGAGGGACCACUGGGUCAUCUGCCACCACCAAGGGGCUGGGGCUCCUUCCACGUGGAAGACUGGACAUGCCUACUACACUACAGGUGCCUCGAAGGCUCACCAACCGUGGGGAAGCGUAGCGGCUGUGAAGUUGGGUUUUAGGUGCCAUAGUUUCAAGUUGCCUGAAGUUGUCGAAAGUCAAAGGUGAACAGACAGCACCUGGCCCUCAGUCCUGCUUCUGGUUUGGCGGGCAGGCCCAGGCCCAGGCCCGGUGUGUGCAGAGAUCCGAGGGAAAGGCCUCGUCCACCCGCUCUUCCUCAGGUAGGCCCCCCUCAGGGAAGGAAGAGGGAUGGGAUUUCAGGCAGACAAUAGCGAGGAGAGAAUGUAUUUCCAGCAGGCCCAGCCCAGUUCUGGCAGAAGACUCUACCUGGCUGGUGCUUCCAGGGCUGAUGCACUCUGAGGCUGAAGAGGUGGUCCCUCCUCACCGGGCAAGUGGGCGGCAGCUUCUGAUAGCCUGUGUCUCCACAGAGGGACUCUGUGGCUGUGGACGCCUUUGGUUCUGACUGCAGAUAGUGGUGGCCCUGCUCUUUGAGGCCAUGACUCAAGGCAGGGAGGUGAGGUUCUGUGGCCCAGGCUGGGCGUUUCUAGCUGUCAACAGGCUACCCUGUGAUUCCACAUGACCUGGCCUAGCGGGUCCUGCUGCCUGUGGUUUGUGUUGGCCUUUGAACGCUAACUUUCACCUAGCUGGCUCUUGAGUCUGCCCUCAUAUGAGUAAUCAAAUCUAAUCAUCUGAAAUCUAAUGAGUAAUAAAAUCUAAUUAUCCGAAAGCUAAUCCCAAAGCAGGAAAUGCUGAAACGCUCAGCCAAGGCUUAGAGCCAGUCAGAGCUGCUGCCUCUUUCCAAGGCAUCAGGCAAAGGCUAGUUGUGAUGAGAACAGUCUUCUCAGCAUGAAGCUCUUUCACGUGAUUGGAACUAAACUUGAUAAAUUUCUCAAGUCCAGCUAUUGUUGGGAUGCCUUUUAUUUGGAAUCUAAUGGUCUCACCUGGCUUCACUGUCCUGGAAAAUUCAGACACACAGACAUGCAUUCAGCUGAGGAUGCUGCAGGAGAGGGGAGGUAAGUUGUGUGAGAAACCAGGAGUCCCAACCUCAGCUCAGCCUCUUUGAAGGGCCCUGGCCAUUCCUGGACACAGCACAGUGGGCAUCCAUGCUGGGUGCUGUGAGAAGCACCUAGGGAGCUUUUGAUGAAUACUGAUGAUUAAACCCAUGCUGGAGAGUCAGAUGCAGCCUGUCAGGGUUGGAACAUGGCACCAGGGCGGGGCAGGGGUGCCAGUAGCAUCUCAGCUGUUGGCAGCACUGUUUAUAAACUGACAAGCUAAAGACAAGUUUAACCUCUGACUUGCUGUGUCUGAUCCACACAGUGAUUUUUACAACUUGAAUUAAUUGCCGCAUUUUAAGACCCAGGAGCUUUACACUGUAGAAGAACACACAUGCUCCUCUAGCUUAUUCUGAAAGGUCAGAAGAUCCGGAAGUGCAGGGCCCACGUUCCUACACAGUCUCAGUUAGAUGAGGUGAGUGGCAGCACCCACUCCUGUUUACCACCUGUUUCCUGUUUGUCCACAACACCCCACUGUCCCCAUUGUUACCGCCAACUGGUCUGGCCAGUUUGAGUCUGUGCCCCCUGGGUCUAUAGGCUUCCUCUUCACUCACCAUCACCCUGGGGGAAGACAAAGGGCCAGGAACAAGCAUGACCUCUGGAGCCAGACAGACCUGGGUCCUCUUAGGCACUCAGGCCAUUCUCUAUCCAUUUUCCUCUUGCUGUUUGGCCCAUUUGACUUUCACAGCUGUGCCAUGCGGUGAACAGGUAUUAUUAUCCUCAUUUUAUAGAUGAGGAAACUGAGGUUCAGUUUCUGAGGCUUGCUGAAGGCCAGUCCCCUGGCUAGUUAGAAUAAACUGGCCCCGGUAUGGCACUCACCAGAUCUGGGACACAGCUCUGAUGCUUUAGAUGACUAUGCCGCCUCUUUGGGCCUCAGUAUUCUCCGAUGUAAAGCAAGGUGAUUAAACCAGCUUCCAGGGGCUCUUCCAGCUCUGACAUUUCACAAACCCUCCUAGGAAUCCUGCCCGUGUUUACAGAUGUUCUUGCUCCAUGGGUAUUAGCAAACAGUUGUUUCAUAUGAAAUCCAAGAGGAACAUCUGUUUUAUGGUGGAUCACAGAAAAGGAAUCAUCUAGCCUCUCACUACUAAAAUGUACUCUGGGGGCCACACUACUGGCAACAGUGGCAUCACCUGGGAGCCCUGUUAGAGACACAGAUUCUGAGCCUCCAACCCCACCUGCUGAAUCAGAAUACACAUUUUAACAAUAUUCCCCCAGUUAAUUUGUCUGUAUCUUAAGGUCUAAGGAAAACAGUAGUUUACUGGUUUUUCCUUGGAAUAUUCAGACACCCUAUAAGAAAUAGACCAUCAGAAACCUUCGUUCAGGAACAAAGCAUUAGAGUUUGGUCAAGUCCCUUGCUAGAUCUAUCAGCGUAUCAAAAUCAAUAGUUUCCAUAUAGUCCAGCAAGCAAGUACAAAAUAUAAUGAAAAAUAUUUCAUUCACAAAAGCUAUAAAUACAUCUUGGAUGUAAUCCAACUAGGAAUGUGCAAAUUGUGUAUGAACAAUAAAACUUUUCUAAAUGUAACAAAGAAGACCUGAAUAAAUGGAACAAUGUCCCACAUGCCUAGAUGGGAAGAUUCAGUGUAGUCACUUGGCGUGAUU